CACACACACUUCCAUAGAAGUUUAAUUAACAGCUUCUGAGUUCUAAGCUAAGUCUGCUUUUAUUCUUUUCUCUCCCGUUAUAUAUAUAGUAUUUGCUUAUAUAUAUAUAUACUACUCAUUAGGAACUGUGAUUGCAGUUCCUAAUGCAGAUUUUAACGCGGCGCCAAGGAGCAUUUUUGUGCUUCUGGUUGUCUGUGCUUUUUGUGGUAGUAGACUUUUGCUAUGGUGACCAUAGUACAGUCGAGGUAGUAGGGUUGGGAGAAUGCGCAGAUUGCAAGGAGAAAAACAUUCAAACUAGCCAGGCUUUCUCAGGUUUACGUGUGACAGUAGACUGCAAGGCAGCAAGUGGAAACUUUGAAAGGAGAGGGGUCGGUGAGCUUGAUGAAUAUGGAAACUUCAAAGUUUCCCUUCCUCAUGACACUGUAAAAGACGAUAAACUGAUAGAAGAAUGCUAUGCUCAGCUACUUAGUGCAUCAGCUGCACCUUGUCCUACCCAUGAUGGCCCAUUGAGCCACAAAAUAGUGAUAAAGUCAAAAACUAAUAAUGAGAAACACACCCUUGGUCCUGCUGGGAAACUCAAGUUUUCAUCACAAACAUGUGCUUCAGCCUUCUUCUGGAAGCACCCUCUCUUUCCCCCUCAUCCACCUAUCACCAUCCCUCCUAUAACAUUUCCACCACUUCCACCACUGAUUUUCCAUAAACCACCUCCUCCUGUCUAUACUCCUCCACCUGUACCUGUUUAUACUCCUCCACCUGUACCUGAGAAGAAACCCCCUCCACCUGUACCUGAGAAACCUCCACCAUGCCCUCCAAAGGUUGUGCCUCCACCAAAACCACCACCGGUUAAGCCUCCACCAAAACCACCAGUUAAGCCACCAUGCCCACCAAAGGUUGAGCCUCCUCAUCCACCAAAACCACCAAAGGUUAAGCCUCCUCAUCCACCACAUCCACCAAAGAAACCACCAAGCCCACCAAAGGUUAAGCCUCCACAUCCACCAAAACCACCAAAGGUUGAGCCUCCUCAUCCACCAAAACCACCGAAGAAACCACCAUGCCCACCAAAGGUUAAGCCUCCACAUCCACCAAAACCACCAAAGGUUGAGCCUCCUCAUCCACCAAAACCACCGAAGAAACCACCAAGCCCACCAAAGGUUGUGCCUCCACUUCCACCAAAACCACCAAAGAAUCCUCCUCCUCUUCCACCAAAACCACCAAAGGAGCCACCAACACCACCAAAGGAGCCUCCUCCAACACCGCCAAAGAAGCCAUGUCCACCAAUCUUCAAGAAACCACUUCCACCAAUCCCUAAGUUGCCACCACUUCCUCCAGUUCCAAUCUACAAGAAGCCACUUCCACCUCUUCCUCCACUCCCUAAGUUGCCACCACUUCAUCCAGUUCCAAUCUACAAGAAGCCACUUCCACCUCUUCCUCCACUCCCUAAGUUUCCACCACUUCAUCCAGUUCCAAUCUACAAGAAGCCACUUCCACCUCUUCCUCCACUCCCUAAGUUUCCACCACUUCAUCCAGUUCCAAUCUACAAGAAGCCACUUCCACCUCUUCCUCCACUCCCUAAGUUGCCUCCACUCAAGCCACUUCCACCUCUUCCCAAACUUCCUCCAAAGCACUUUUUCCAUCACCCCAAAUGGUUCCCAGUACCACCUUCUUCCUCUCAUCCUUAGGCUUUAUAUAUUAAUAUUGCAGAGGUAGAUGAUUACUCUUGUUGGGUCUGCAAAAUAUGCAUGCAUUUUUUCUGUCUUCUUUUUUGUGCUUUCCGUAUGAUCAAGUAUAUUGAGGAAGUCUAUUUGUUGCUAAUAAAGCCUUGGAAGGAUAGGGCAUGUGAUGAGCCUGGGGUGAGAAUAUAAAUAAAAUUUAAACUAAAAUAGAGCGAUAUGAUUAAGAAGUUUAAAGUGAUGUGAAGUAUGAGUGUGAUCAAUAUUGUUGUUCUCGAAUGAAGAUCAUCAUCGGGGCAAGUUAGACAACCCAGAUCAUUGUAUUUAUUUUUAAUUAAUUUCAUGUGUAUACAAAUGCAUUGUGAUUGGAUAGUUAAGUUUUCUAAUAUCUCUUCAAAGAAUAAGAGUUCAUUUAUGCUCA